UCAACAGCAGCGGCAGCAACAUCCUCGCCGAGGGGGUCGCGAGUGCUCCAACCGCCAUCGCACCCGUCUGGACCGCGCCCGCCGCGCCCACUCCCAUCGCGCUCGCUCUCGGCGGCAGCCAUCCGCGCGCCCAUGUCAUCCUCGACCCCGCUCCGCGGCCUGCCGCAGCUCGACACCACGACGGGCACAGGCGGCGUGCAGCGCUCCGGCUCCAUCUCGUCCAACCAGUCCCGGCUGAGCCGCGCAUCGGCCGGCACUGGCCCCUCCGCGGCGUCGCCUGCAACCCGCACUGGGGCGACGCCGGCGCGCCGCCGCUCCCGCUCGCACACGGUCAGCGUGGUCCUCAACUCGCCGACCUCGCCGUCUACCGCCCCAUCGCGCUAUGCCAACUUCCUCCGCAUGCCUGACGCCGAGGAGGGGCGCGCGAGCGAGGACGCCGAGCGCCGCUCGAGCAUCAACGUCAUCAUGCCCGACGAGGCUGACACGGCCGUUGCGGACCACGCUGGCGAGCUGCACGACGAUGUGGUUGGCCUGCUGGAUGUCGUCGACCCCGAGGUCGGAACCGUGAACCACCUCCAAAACGUCACGAAUGGCAUCAUGUUUCCCAACAUCCCUGGUCUGUGGACCCGCCGCCCAAACCUUGUACUGCCCCGCACGCCCUCGGACCACAGCCUGCCCGAGUACGCUGACGACGGUGACGAGACGGGGCUGAAUGGCCCUAAGCGGCGCACGUCGCUCGGCAAGUCGGGCGGGCGCUCGCGCUCCAACACUGUCAAGCGGUUCCUGCCUGGCGGAGGGGACAAGGACAAGAUAGACCUUGGGCCGCUGUCGCCGACUGAAGAUGUGCCCCUCAAAGAGGUUGUGUCAAAGCAGAUGGACGAGGAGUUGACCGAGGAGGCCGACGAGGUAGCCGACGAACACGAGCUCGACCGGCACGUCAAGCACGUCCUCCGGGCCAAGCGUAGAGAAAAGGCCAAGCGUGCCCUCCGUGGUCUGUGGGCGUUCUUGAAGACACCCAUGGGAAUCGUGACUGCUAUCUACGGCUUCCUCGUCGCCUUCUGGGGCGCUGCCCUCGUGCUCUUCCUCCUCGGGUGGAUCAAGACGCCCAACAAGCACUGGAAGGACAAGUGGGUCGAGAUCUGUUCCCAGAUCGUCAACGGCCUCUUCACCGUCACUGGUGUCGGCCUCAUUCCGUGGCGCGCAAUCGACACGUACCGCAUGUCCAUCAUCCACACCCUCAAGAUGAAGGACAAGCGCCUGCGCAAGAAGGCUGGCCUGCCCCCCAUCGAUGAUCCCGACGACCUGCCCGACCCGCGCACCAUCCCAGGCUUCCAGCAGGUGCUCUCGGAGAAGGACCAGGACCAGUUGAGAUACCAGCAGGACAAGUUUGCAAAGUCGCAGACGUGGUACCGCCCUCACGCGAAUGCCACGCACCGCGCCUUCCCUAUUACGUUGGCCUUGUGGAACACGAUUCUCAUGGACGGCAAUUCGUUCUUCCAGUGCAUCCUCUGUGGAUGCAUGUGGGGCAUGAACUACCACAAGCGUCCGGCGUGGACCACUGGCUCGCUGAUCCCCCUCUCAUUCCUUUGUGGUAUUGCCGCCGGUGUUCUCAUCUGGCAGGGCGGUGUGCGCACCAAGAAGACCAAGGCCGUCGAGGACAAGCUCCGUGAGGCGCUCGGCGUCGACCAGCCCGUCGACCCCCAGGUCAGACGCCCACGCCGCGCCACCAUCUCUGGUCUGGAGCAGAAGCACGAGGCCGAGCUCGUGGACCCGAUCGACAGCGGCAAGUACCACCCGAAGAGACGCGCCACCAUCGACAUUACGCCCGAUGCGCCAGGCAACAUUCCCAAGCCACUGGGCUCGGUCUCCGAGUCGUCAGAGGACAGCGACGAGCUCGCAAAGGUGUCGAGCAAGCUCACGCCGACGACCGAGCUGCCCGUGCUACCCGAGCUGUUGCACAAGCGCGAGCCUAGAGGUAGUAUCUAGGCGUCGUCGGAGAGCAUGGAGAUCAUUUGGAGGAGCACAUUGUACCCAUCGUGAGACUGUACCCAUAUGCACCGUGUCAUCUUGG